AUGGUACUGAUCAACGGUGUCAAAUACGCUUGCGAGCGUUGUAUUAGAGGUCAUAGAGUAACAACAUGUAACCAUACAGACCAACCAUUAAUGAUGAUAAAACCAAAGGGUAGACCUUCCACUACAUGUAGUUAUUGUAAAGAAAUAAGGAAAAAUAAAAAUGCACAUCCACCGGGUCAUUGUACUUGUGGUAGAAUGGAAAAGAGGCGACUGGCUCAGAAGGCUAAAGAAGAGGCUAGAGCACAGGCUAAAUUACAAAACCAUGAUAGUAUGAAUGCAGAUCAUAGUAAUAACACUAAUAAUAAUAAUAAUAAUAAUAAUAAUAAUAAUAAUAAUAAUAAUAAUAAUGGUCAAUCAGCACUAGCCGCGGAACUUAAUAGAAUUCAUCCAUCUCAUAGUAGUUUAAGUGAUUCUCUAAUAAUGGAUUUGAAUAAUAAUAAUAAUAACAAUCAUCGAAUAAAAUCAAGUAGAGUUUCACAAAGAAAUAGACCGGCAUUCGAUAGAGUUACGUCAUCAACGUCUUUGGACAGUAAUUAUUUCGCAAAUCAAGGUGGUUCUGAUACUUCAAGUAUAUUGAAUAAUACUUUCUUGGAUGCAGAUAUGGGUAAUUCUAGUGGGAAGAUUUCAAAGGAUUAUCAUCAUGUACCAUCGUUAGCUUCCAUUUCAUCAUUACAUUCCACUCAAUCAUUAUCAUUAGAUCAACAACAUAAGAAUAAUAAUCACCACAACUUCCAAUUACCUCAAAGUCCACCUGUUUCAAAUUUAACUUUUAAUUUCGUCACGGGGAAACCAAAUAAUAAUUGGGAUAAUGCUUCCAUUAAAUCUUCUAAUUCAAUAAAGGCACAUCAUCAACAACAACAAUCAUUAAAAAGAGAUAAUUCAAUGGUGCAAUCAAGUGCAUCAUCAAGAGUUGGUGAAGUUGUCGUACCUUUAGAAGAAUAUGUUCCAUCAGAUAUUAAUGGGAUUGGGAAAAUUACCGACAAAAGUUCAUUAUUAGAUGAUUGGGCAUUCGAUGAUUCAUCUAACAACAUGGACUCAAAUCCUUCGAAUGGAAACUAUAAAUCAAAUUUUAGUAACAAUGCCACCGCUGCAACAACCUCAACCACUGUUAAUUUUAACGAAGCUGACGAAUCCACAUUACUUGCAUUUAAUAAUAAUAAUAAUACUAACACUAAUACUAAUAACAAUAACAAUAACAACUAUAAUGACAAUGGUACUGGAGGUGAAGCGGGGCUUUUGGAUGCUUUUUCUGAUCCUUCUACAAUUUCAACUUUAUCAAGAGCAAAUCUAUUAUUACAAGAGAAAAAUUCUGAUCAUAAUCCUCAUCAAUCAAAUUCAUUUAGAACACAACGAGAUUCGAAUAUUACUUCACAACAACAAUAUAAGCAGAACACAACAAGAUCAAGAUCAUUCAGGCUACCGAACAAUAACAAUAACAGUUCUCCACAACAUCAACAACAAGCUUCAAGUUCGAUAAUGAAUAAUAAUAAUAACAUACGAAGUGUGGAAGUUCUAUCGAUUACUCCAAGUUUUAUGGAUAUUCCAACAAGGCAAUCAAAUGAUAAUUUGAAUCAUAAUUUAUCAUCAGAUUCAUUAUCUUCAAAACAACGUUCUUUUAGUAUUGAUAGAAACCAUCGUUAUUUUACUCCAUCUUCUUUUAUGAAUAAGGCAUCUUCUCCCACAACGAUUAAUCCAUCUAUUGUAUCUAAUAUUGAUGACCAAAUAAGUUUAAAUUCCAUUCAAUCUUUCCCCACUUCUGGAAUUAAUGAUGUAUUGGAAGUUUCAAGUAAUAAUAACGACUAUAGCAUAGGGAAUCAAAACCAAACGUAUCAAAACCAAUCUCAAAAUAAUCAAGAUCAAUUUAAUACAAACUUGAUGAUGAACACAAAUGAUGUUGAUAAUAUUGCAAUGCCACAAAUGUCACAGUUUGUUACAACUCCAAGCAAUGAAGGUAUUAUGAAUGAUGAAAUAGUAGAUCAGCAGCUGCUGCCACAACAGCAACAACCGCAACAACCGCAGCAGCAGCAACAACAACAAAGUCAACGUAUAAAUAGAAGAAAAGCAAAUUCAAAUGGAACUAAUUUUAAUCCAUCGUUGACUUUGCAAGGACCUCACAAUAAUGAAGUCCCCAAUUCUUCACCAUUAAGUAGUAUACAGACGACAUCUCCACCUAGUCAACUCUUGACUGAUCAAGGAUUUGCAGAUCUGGAUAACUUUAUGUCAUCAUUAUAG